AGAUCUGUGCAAGCGACAGUUCUUGGACUGUGAAUAUGACCAACGACUCCGACCCGCAACUUCAAGCAGGAACAUCCGUGAAGUCGCCUCCAUCAAACACUUCUGCUGAUACUCGGCAGGCGGACAGGUCUGAACUAGUACAGAAGGCUAAGGUAUUCCUGGAAUCACUUCAAGUACGAAAUGAAGAUCUCGCGGCAAAGCGGAGGUUCUUGAUUGAGAAGGGGCUGAAUGCCCAAGAGAUCGAUACUCUUCUUCAGGAGACGAUUGCUCGACCUCUACUAAUACCACCGCGGACGUAUCCGCAACCACCUCCAUCCAACCUCCCCAAUCUUCUCAUUGGCUUCUUUCGAAUCUUCAGUUGGUUGGCUGGAGGCUCGGCUGUUUUCCUUCUACUGUAUUUUAGGUAUAUCUUUCCUCGUCUUACACAGUCAUUCCAGGCGCGACUCUCGCUCCAUUCGCAACAACGGGACUUGCUCCAAAAGCUCACUGUGUCUCUGGCUGACUUGAAAGCUAGUCAGACGAAGGCAUUUGCCGAUCUUCCUCGGCCUCAGCUACAUCAAGAGGACGUGCAAUACAAGGACUGUCAUUCUCUCGAUGCUGUCUUCAAUUUAACAGAGGAGGUGCAAAAUAUUCCUCCAAUCACAUUGUUACGGUGUGCUAUUGAGGAACUCGCUCUGAAGAGUGAGGCAGUAACCGCCGAUGCUAUCUUCAGUGCGCUGGAGACCAGAUGGACAUGGCUUCAGACCGAGGAGGGGUCUGAUUUUGCUGCGAAGUUAUGGGAUACAUUGACAACGGUACCUCUAUUCGCACAAGAAGAGAAGGAUGGCGUGAGAGUAUGGUCAUACAAGCCUCCUACGGCUCCUACGUCUCCCCCAGUACUCAUUUCUCUAUCCGAAUUACGCACUCUCCGAUUUCACGGGCUAUAUCGCCGCUCAGACCUACGCUGUCCCUCCUACGUUCAGACUUCCAGGUAUCGGUGUUGGUGCAUCGCUGCCUCCAGUAGAAGAAGAAGUGCGUCGAGAAAUACGUGCAUUGAAAGGCCUUGUAUUGAACCGUCGUUCUUUCAUGCCGAGCACAUCCAGACCAACGAAUGACGCUGUUACUGCCUGAAUCCAGUGCAUAUUUGAUCCAAUUUUCCAUUCUAGCAGAUUAAUCCGUCGAGGCGGUAUCCAAGUGCGGGGGAUAUACACCGAUAGAAUCUGGGAAUACAUUAAAAAAUGCAACUUUAGCCAUUUUACAGUGCUUGCCAGCAGAGCGACAGGAUUUGUGAAGGGACACGGCUUCCAUAGGGUUGCCGACCUCGACACACAUCGUCGCUCAGCCGUGCACCAACCUAAGAAUAUUCCAUGCAUGAGGCUCGCUUCUAAACGCACCUAAGUUUCACUCGCCGCCCUUCCGUUACAUUUGGAAUGGGGUAUAGGCGGGUGUGUCAGGGGUUGAUAGAGAAUGGAUCAACAAGGGAUAUCGGAGACAUCCACAGUCUAAGCCCAGGAGAUAGAUUCGCGCACACCUUCCGUACAAGAACUUUCAACUAUGAGCAACCCGGCACCGUUCGUAUU